AUGAGCGACGCUGCAGCAACUACUCUAACUACCAUAUCAGCAGUGCAGUCAGCACUGACUGUAUUAUCUGCAUUGCAGUUGACGGCCUUCCGCUAUCCAUCCGAUUGUUCCCUGACAAAUGCUUCUUCUUAUGACUUCAUUGUUGUUGGCGGUGGCAGCGCUGGGUCAGUACUUGCCUACCGACUCUCAGCUAAUACCAGCCACAAAGUCCUGUUAAUCGAAGAAGGCUCGUACCCACCUCUUGAAACCGAAUUUCCGCUACUGUUCACGCCGAUACCAAAAACUUCUGUUGACUACGACACAUCUUCUGUUAAUGAUGGGUAUGCUAACCAGAAUCUGCAAGACCAAAUUAUUAGUCUAACUCAGGGGAAAAUGCUUGGUGGCAGCAGCAGCCUCAACCAUAUGAUACACGUACAAGGAGAUCCUCAUGACUACAAUCAGUGGGCAUCUAUUCUAGGAGAUGAUUCCUGGAACUAUGAAAAUGUUUUACAAUACUUCAAGAAAUUAGAAAACUUGACUGACGUAGAUUUGCUUGCAUCAUCCUUCGCUGACCUCCAUGGUACUGAUGGUAUGAUAAAAAUUGCAAGAGAACCAUCAUCUACAAGUGCUAAAUACUUAGAAGCCUUUGCAGAGCUCGGAAUCCCAACGGUUGACGAUACAACAUCUAAAACUUCAUCAAUUGGUGCCGCCGAUCCUUUGUACGCUAUUGGUGACAAUUUAAGACAGAGUAACGCUCUUGCUUACUUGGCUCGCGCUAAGUCUUUUGACAAUCUAUGUGUUGCACUAUCUACCAAAGUACAAAAGAUUUUGUUCGACGGUACGACUGCAACUGGUGUUCAAGUUAGUACAUCCAGUGGUGAAUCUCUCGUAUUAUACGCAAACAAUGAAGUAAUUGUAUCUGCCGGUGCGAUACACUCCCCUCAAUUGUUGAUGGUAUCCGGUAUUGGACCUAAAUCACAUCUGGAAUCGUUUGACAUUUCAGUAGUAGCUGACUUACCUGUUGGUCAAAACUUAAUGGACCAUCCAUCAGCCGUACUCUUAAUCCAAAUGGAAGCUAGCACUGAAACUACUCCAGCAGCCAACCCAUACAUAUUCCCUGUACCAACUACCACUUUCUAUGCUGCUAUUGAUUCAACCCAAACUUACCCAGAUUAUCAGACUAUCAAUCUUGUUUUCCCCCACGACUCAGGUGCCAUGAUGCAACUUUGCACUAACGUUUUUAAAUACUCUAACGAUAUAUGCAACAAAUUCUAUGAAGCUAACGUGGGCCGAUCUGUACUGUUCGUAGUACAUAAUUUGAUGAUGCCAAACUCACGUGGUAACGUAAGUCUUGCCAGUGCCGAUAUUUCUGAGGAGCCAUUAGUAUACACUGGUACAUACAGUGACAGUACUGAUUUGGACUUGAUGGUCGAAUGCCUGGAAGAUUUCGCAGCAGUAUUGAAUACAACAUACUUCAAGAGCGUUGAUGCGACACUAGUUGAUACUGGGCUUUGCACUGGUAAAACAGGCACAGAGUUCUGGAAUUGUUACGCCUUAGGAAUGUCAUCUACUAUGUGGCAUUAUGCAGGUACUUGUGCUAUGGGAUCAGUUGUAGACAGCACACUUAAAGUGAAGGGCAUAAGUGGUUUGCGAGUUGUUGAUGCUAGUGUUAUGCCUACUGAAAAAGAUAUAAGUGUUAUAAAGCAACAAUAUGCUACGACUGAACAGCUGGAGAAGCUACAGCGUGAGUAUGAUAUGUUGAAGCAAACUUCGUUGGUCAACAACUAUGGGUACAACGUAAACAACAGGCGUGGAGCAUGUUUAAUGGAGAGCUUUGACGGUGAUACUGACCAGGCGCAACAUCCUAUGGGUGAAAUAAGUACGAGUACUAUGCAUAAUACCAUAAUCUCUUCGCCAGAAACCGUUUACCGCGAAAUAGUGCAUGAUAAUUUUCGAUCUGAAGGUAGUACUACUACAAUAUCGAAUAUAAAUUCGCAACCGUUGCAUUCCGAACAUAAGGAAAUAAAUAACAUGAACAAGUUCAAAACUAAACUGCAUUCUAACUCCAAUACGGUUCAAAGUUCUGUGAAGUCGAAUAAUGUAGCUACCACGAGUUCUCAAUCAACGACAUACACGGUGAGUCAUGCUUCUCAGCUGAUUGAAGACAAAGUGCCUUAUAUACCGAAACACACGGACUGUAUGAUUAGUGAGACGUCUGUAAAUACUAAAAAAACGAUGGCGGACAUUGUGAAGGAAGGUGAGUGGAAGAAGGAAACUGAGGGUGAUGAGUGGAUCCAGUUAAAGAGGAGAAGACACAGAAAUCGCUUUGCUGUAAAUAGAGGGAAAGCCGAGGUGGACACAAACGAGAAGUUCAAAUCUGCUAAAAUCAAGUACCCUCACAUUGAUAUUGGUCGUUUGGGCCGGCCUGUGCACAAGUGGCCGACUAUCGUGUUUAGUCUUUGCGCUCGGGUUGGCUCGAGAUCUAAAGUCACCAAAACGCUCGCCAACCCAAAUCUACUUCACUUGUCUCCUCUAUACGACUGA